AUGCCUGUGUGUCUCUCUGCACCAGCUGGCAAGCCAAAGACAAAGUCAGAGUUCACUAAUUUCCAGCAGUCCGUAAAACGGACAGGCUCUGCAUUGAAGCUAACGCGUGAUCUGCUGGUUGAUCCUGCUGUCCGCCUCUUCCGUUCGCACACACGCGAAUACUUACAUGUUCAUACACGACCGCCAAAAGGUGUUAAUACCGCAUUGGAGAUCUUCAAAUGCCAAAAUGGUCAAUGGAAGGCUCAUCAGAAGACACAAAAGUACACUGUCCCUAUUUUUUCGUGGAAUGAUGUUGUUUAG